AUGAACCCCACGGGUAUAGCAGACACCACCCUGGACGAAAGCAUCUAUAACAAUUAUUAUCUUUAUGAAAGCAUCCCCAAACCUUGCACCAAGGAAGGUAUCAAGGCAUUUGGGGAGCUCUUCCUGCCCCCCCUCUACUCCUUGGUCUUUCUGUUUGGUCUGCUUGGAAAUUCUGUGGUGGUUCUGGUCCUGUUCAAGUACAAGCGGCUCAAGUCCAUGACCGACGUGUACCUGCUCAACCUCGCCAUCUCGGACCUGCUCUUCGUGCUCUCGCUCCCUUUCUGGGGCUACUAUGCUGCAGACCAGUGGGUGUUCGGGCUCGGCCUCUGUAAGGUCGUUUCCUGGAUGUACCUGGUGGGCUUCUACAGCGGCAUAUUCUUCAUCACACUCAUGAGCAUCGAUAGGUACCUGGCCAUUGUGCACGCGGUCUUCUCCCUGAGAGCGAGGACCUUGACUUACGGGGUCAUCACCAGCGUGGCCACGUGGGCAGUGGCUGUGCUCGCCUCCCUCCCAGGCCUUGUGUUCAGCACGUGUUAUACUGUGCGCAACCACACCUACUGCAAAACCAAGUAUUCUUUCAACUCCACGACGUGGAAGGUUCUGAGCUCCCUGGAGAUCAACCUUCUAGGGCUGGUGAUCCCCUUGGGGAUCAUGCUGUUCUGCUACUCCAUGAUCAUCAGGACCUUGCAGCACUGCAAAAAUGAGAAGAAGAACAAGGCAGUGAAGAUGAUCUUUGCCGUGGUGGUCCUCUUCCUGGGGUUCUGGACCCCUUACAACGUGGUGCUCUUCCUGGACACCCUGGUGGAGCUGGAGGUCCUUCAAGACUGCACCUUUGAGAGACACCUGGACUAUGCCAUUCAGGCCACAGAGACCCUGGCUUUCGUUCACUGCUGCCUUAAUCCGGUCAUCUACUUUUUCCUGGGGGAGAAAUUUCGCAAGUACAUCGUACAGCUCUUCAAAACCUGCCGGGGCACUUUGGUGCUCUGCCAGUACUGUAGGCUCCUCCCGAUUUACCCCGACACCCCCAGCUCAUCUUACACACAGUCUACGGUGGACCACGACCUCCACGAUGCUCUGUAA